UUCGCAGUAGCAGGACCAACAGCAGCGCGGAUUUCACUUUCAGUUCUACACUGGUGUCUAUUGAGCGCCACAAAAAAAAGGGUUUCUCGACUAACAUAAACAGUGUCAACUACAAGUUGAAGUGGUUUAAAUAUAUCAGUAAGUCGUGAUAACAUCAUCCCAGAAGUUCCAGAAGAAAAAUAAAAAGUUUCGAAGUAAUCCUUCACGGGCUAGAUGGGGUACUCAGGGUCAUACCACCCAAUAAUGUACUGAAGGAGCCACCUUGUAUUCUACUUGUCGGUGUAGGUAAAACUGACUCAGGCCUGAUAUAUCAAAACACAAAUUAAAAAGGGCAGAUGACAGAAGUUGUAUAAAAAAAUGUUCAAUGCAAUACUCUGAUCAGCUGCAAUAAAGCCAUAGUCUAUUUUGACUCAAAUUAAAUGGAGAAUUUUUUUAUUUUAAAAAGAAAAUAAGUUGCUGUGAAUAAAAAAAAAAAAAAUACAUCCAUACAAGAUGCACGAAAGGCGCGUUGAAAAAAUUAAAGGUGGACACUAUGUUGCUACACACAGUCAACCCAUAGGAUAUCAACCGUAUACGCAUUCCAAUCGUGCUUACUCUACUGAUGGGGAGGAAUCACAUAAUGCCACAUCUGGUCCCGCAAUCGGGGGAUAUACAGUAGCACAAGAGUAUCCAUACAGUUCUGCGCGCAAAAUGAAUUUAUAUCAAAGCCAUCAAAGGCCAGCAGAUGAAAGUAGCGUAAUUUAUAAUCAAAAAUGGUCAAAUGGUUCACCGCAAGCACGUACUUUAUCAGCGCUAAGUUAUGAUCAAGGCGGAGAUGUGAGUAGUGAAAUCUAUGUGACCAGUGCUGCUUACAGGGAACCUUCGGAGAUAAGUCGCUAUAGCCAUCGGCCACAGUCACGCGGGGCUUCACAUAGCGUUUACUCUGUGGCAAGCACAGCAAAAACUGGACAGAGUACUCAUUCGACAACGAAACGUGGAGUAAAAAUCGAUGCGAUGUCAGCUCCAAACCCAUUCUGCCCUAAUAUAAAAGGAGUUUGCUGCCUUAUGCUGCUUCUUAAUCUAGGCCUAAUUCUUGUAACAUUAGGCUUUGUGAUUGUUGUACAAUUUUAUGAACCUCUAUAUGUGUGGAUACUUGGCAUCAUAUUUUUGAUAUUUGGAUUUCUUACUCUCAUUGGGUGCAUGAUAUACUGCGUGCAUGUUUGCAGAGAUGCCAAAACACCUUCUCAAGUGCGCAACGAAAAUCUUUACUGGACACGGCAUUGGCAAAAUAACAUUGGCUAUGUACCUACCAAAGAAAUUUCUUAUAAAGGAAAUAAAUAUGACGGUUAUUCGGACCACUAUUCAAUAAGUAAAGUAAGCGGAAAGUAUUCAGACCGUGGCAGUAAUCAUUAUUAGAGAAAUUACUAUUUCUAUAAGUUAACGAAUUGGAGAGCGAAAUUUAUAUUUAAAACAAUUGUGAAUCCAUAAAAUCUCUGUAUUAAUCUAAAUUAUACUCAUACGUAUUUAACUUGGACCAAUUUGAGUCAUGAGUUGGACUUGAACGUUGUUGUACUUACCAGUUAAUAAGCUUACACCCAUAUAUAUGUAUAUUUUACAAAUAUUUUUUUUUAAUAUAAAACACUUAUUAACACAGCACAAUUAAAAAGUCAAUAUUAUAAACAUGAAUUAAAAAACGAA